GUUUUUUAAUAUUUUUAAAUACCUAACCUAAUAAUAAUUAAUGUUUACUAUAACCAUCAAUUUUAUUAUAUUAUUCCUAAAAAAUCAAUUAAAGAUCUUAAAUUACUAUUAAAACUGAUACGAUUUUGCACUGAAUUGAGAAUCCCCUAGCGUUUGAGAUGGCAGAUGAAGAUAAUCCCAAAGAAUACCGAUGGGAAACCGGCUAUGAAAAAACAUGGGAAGCCAUAAAAGAAGACGACGAUGGUUUCCUCCAAGCUAGCGUAGACGAUAUAGUUCAAAGGGCCAAAAGAAAGAGACAAACCCUGAAGCAUGGAAGCCAAAAACUGGGAAUGAUGAGGCACUUGUACCUGCUCUUGGACUGUUCAGAAUCCAUGGCCAGCCAAGACUUGAAACCUACCAGGCUAAUUUGCACAUUGAAAUUAUUGGAAAUGUUUUUCGAUGAAUUCUUCGAUCAGAACCCCAUCAGUCAAAUCGGGAUAAUAUUGAUGCAAAACAAGCGAGCCGAAAGGGUCAGCGACCUAACGGGAAAUUGUAGGAAACACACGAAAGUUUUGGGUAACUUGGGCAAAACCAACUUAUCAGGAGAGCCUUCCUUGCAGAACGGCCUAGAAAUGGCCUUGUCCUCUUUGAAAUUGCUUCCUUCGCACGCCAGCCGAGAAAUUCUCGUGAUAAUGGGCAGCCUCACCACCUGCGAUCCCGGAGAUAUUACGCUAACAAUCGAUAGUCUCAAAUCGGAAGGAGUAAGAUGUUCCGUGAUAGGCCUGGCAGCUGAAGUGCGCGUUUGCAGGCAGCUGGCCGAUCAAACCAACGGCAUUUACAACGUAAUAUUAGACGAUAGCCAUUACAAAGAUUUGCUGUUCCAGCAAGUGAAUCCCCCGCCGGCGGCGGUUUGUCUCGAAGCGAGCCUAAUCAAAAUGGGCUUCCCGCAUCAACCCAACAACGAAGGUUCCGAGGAGCCUCUGACUAUGUGCAUGUGUCAUGUUGAUAGCGUGGAUGAAGGGAGUAAACUCACAACGGGGGGUUAUUAUUGCUCGCAGUGUUUUAGCAAAUAUUGCGAGUUGCCGGUGGAAUGCAGGGUGUGUGGGUUGACUUUGGUGUCUGCUCCACAUUUGGCUAGGUCCUAUCAUCAUUUAUUUCCUGCUGCGAAUUACAUGGAAGUGGAUUAUAGCAGCCAAACUAAUGUGUGUUUCUCUUGCCAAAAACCGUUUGGAGAGGGUGAUAAACAGGUGUAUAAUUGUCCGAACUGUAAGAAGUACUUUUGCUUAGAUUGCGAUAUUUUCGUACAUGAAACGCUGCAUAUUUGUCCUGGUUGUUCGACUAACCCGUUAACUUUCCAAAUAGCUGUUACUCAUUAAUUAUUUAAGUCAAUAAACUAGUAUUACUUUAUUAAUUGUUAUUCACUUUAUUUCGUUUAUUUUUCUUGCCACGUUUGUGUUCUA